AUGAAUUCUUCUAACAAUCCAGAAAUGUUUAAUAAUGUGGAUCAAAUUGGCAAUCUUUAGUUAGCAUGGCAAAAAAAAUAAAAAAGAUGGUAAAUGGAUUGCUUUUUGGAAAAAUAAACUUUUAGAGAAUGUUGGCGGAUUAUGAUUUAUACUCUAUACUAUAGAGAAGGGGAAAAGUAAGGAUUAUGGAAAGAUCUAUUCAUCAAUUUUUCUAAGUAAGUUAUUGAUAUUGAACAAUACGAAUACUAACCACACAUUUUUCAAACUGGAGAAUAUUUUACUGACUAAAGAGUUGGAAAAUGGAAUUUUAAAUAUAAAGAUGUAAUGAUUUUUUAAACCAUUUAGAGGUGGGGGUUAUUACAAUCAUGAUAAUUGUAAACAAGGCAAAUGGAUUGAGUUAGAUGAAGGGUUUUAUUUCAAGAAAUAGGUCACUUAUAAUGGUGAAUAUAAUAUGAAAGGUAUGAAGAUUGGAAAAUGGAAUAGUAUGUAUUGUGAGUCGCAUGGUCAGGAAUACAAAUAAAUGUAAAUAUUAUUUAAGUAUAAGGUAUAUAGUGGUGGUGGAUCAUAUGAUUAAGAUGGAAAUUAGAAAAAGAUGAAUUAGAUGAAGGGUUUUAUUUCAAUAAAUAAGUCACUUACAAUGGUGAAUAUAAUAUGCAAGGUAUGAAGAUUGGUAGGUGGGUUAGUAUGUAUUAUAAUUAAAAGAGAUGGAAAUAAUAAUAUUGUGGUGGUGGAUCAUAUGACUAAGAUGGAAAUUAGAAAAAGAUUGGAAAGUGGGUAGAAUUAGAUAAAAAGUUUAGCAAAGUGAAAUAAGUCACUUAUAAUGGUGAAUAUAAUAAGCAAGGUAUGAAGAUUGGUAUGUGGGAUAGUAUGUAUUGUUGUUCUUUUUUAAAUACAAAUAAAUAAAUGUAAAAAUGAUUUAAGUAUAAGGAAUAGUGGUGGUGGAUUAUAUGAUUAAGAUGGAAAUUAGAAAAAAAUUGGAAAGUGGGUAGAAUUAGAUGAAAGGUUUGACCAAUGGAACUAAGUCACUCACAAUUGUGAAUAUAAUAUGCAAGGUAUUAAAAUUAGCAACUGA